GCGGAGGCGGUGGCGGCAGCGGCGGGGCCGGGCCGGGCGGGGGCGGCCCCUCCCGGGCGCAGCGCGGAGGCGGGCGGGCGCAGCGCGGGGCAUGGUCCCGGUGCCGGCGGCGGCGCGGCGCAGCGCGGAGCGGAGCGGUGGCAUGCGGCGCGGAGACAUGCGGCUCUGCCUGCCCGCUGCCCCGCCGACAUGGACCGCCGCCGCCUGCCGCCGCUGCUGCCGCUGCUGCUCUGCGCUGCCCUCGGCGCCGCCGGGCGUCUGAGCGCCCGCCCCGGCAACGAAGUUAAUCUGCUGGAUUCAAAAACAAUUCAAGGGGAGCUGGGAUGGAUCUCCUACCCAUCACAUGGGUGGGAAGAGAUUAGUGGUGUUGAUGAGCAUUAUACUCCAAUCAGAACUUACCAAGUAUGCAACGUUAUGGAUCAUAGUCAAAACAAUUGGCUGCGAACAAACUGGAUUCCACGCAAUUCAGCUCAGAAGAUAUAUGUGGAGCUCAAGUUUACCUUGAGGGACUGUAAUAGUAUCCCUCUAGUUCUGGGCACUUGCAAAGAGACCUUCAAUCUGUAUUAUAUGGAGUCUGAUGAUGACCAUUUGGUAAAGUUCAGAGAGCAUCAGUUUACAAAGAUUGACACCAUUGCAGCUGAUGAGAGCUUCACUCAAAUGGAUCUUGGGGACCGAAUUCUCAAGCUGAAUACAGAAGUCCGCGAGGUGGGACCUGUCAGCAGGAAAGGCUUUUACUUGGCUUUUCAAGAUGUAGGUGCGUGUGUUGCCUUAGUCUCGGUGCGAGUGUACUUCAAAAAGUGCCCUUUCACUGUCAAGAACCUCGCCAUGUUUCCAGAUACGGUACCCAUGGACUCCCAGUCACUGGUGGAGGUGCGGGGUUCUUGUGUCAAUCAUUCCAAGGAGGAAGAGCCACCCAAGAUGUAUUGCAGUACAGAAGGAGAAUGGCUAGUGCCCAUAGGGAAGUGCUUGUGUAAUGCUGGCUAUGAAGAAAGAGGCUUUGCGUGCCAAGCUUGUCGACCUGGGUUCUACAAAGCCUCUGCCGGCAACGUGAAGUGUGCCAAAUGCCCACCUCACAGCUCUACCUAUGAAGAUGCGUCUCUGAACUGCAGGUGUGAAAAGAAUUACUUUCGCUCUGAGAAAGACCCUCCAUCCAUGGCUUGCACCAGACCACCAUCUGCUCCAAGAAACGUUAUCUCUAACAUCAACGAAACAUCUGUUAUCCUGGACUGGAGCUGGCCUCUUGACACUGGAGGUCGGAAAGAUGUCACUUUCAACAUCGUUUGCAAAAAAUGUGGAGGAAACAUCAAGAUGUGCGAGCCGUGUAGUGACAACGUACGAUUCUUACCUCGUCAGACUGGACUCACCAACACCACGGUGACAGUAGUGGACCUUUUGGCACAUACCAAUUACACUUUUGAGAUUGAUGCAGUCAAUGGGGUAUCUGACUUGAGUACACUUUCCAGACAAUUUGCUGCUGUCAGCAUCACAACUAAUCAGGCUGCUCCAUCCCCCAUCACAGUCAUAAGGAAAGACAGGACAUCCAGGAACAGCGUGUCUCUGUCUUGGCAAGAACCUGAACACCCCAAUGGGAUCAUCUUGGACUACGAGGUCAAAUACUAUGAAAAGCAGGAACAAGAGACAAGCUAUACUAUUCUGAGAGCCAAAGGCACCAAUGUUACCAUCAGUGGCCUCAAACCUGAUACCACCUACGUCUUCCAAAUUCGAGCCCGAACUGCAGCUGGAUAUGGGACAAACAGCCGCAAGUUUGAAUUUGAAACCAGUCCGGAUUCAUUCUCCAUUUCCAGUGAGAAUAGCCAGGUCGUAAUGAUUGCCAUUUCAGCGGCGGUAGCCAUUAUUCUCCUCACAGUUGUGGUGUACGUCCUGAUUGGGAGAUUCUGUGGAUACAAGAAGUCUAAACAUGGCACUGAUGAGAAAAGACUACAUUUUGGGAAUGGCCAUUUAAAACUCCCAGGCCUGAGAACUUACGUAGAUCCGCAUACAUAUGAGGAUCCCAACCAAGCUGUGCAUGAAUUUGCCAAGGAACUAGAUGCUUCUAAUAUAUCCAUUGAUAAAGUAGUUGGAGCAGGGGAAUUUGGAGAAGUGUGCAGUGGGCGCCUAAAGCUGCCGUCUAAAAAGGAAAUUUCAGUGGCUAUCAAAACCCUGAAAGUUGGCUACACAGAAAAACAGAGAAGGGACUUCCUGGGAGAAGCAAGCAUCAUGGGACAGUUUGACCACCCGAAUAUCAUUCGAUUAGAGGGAGUCGUCACUAAAAGUAAACCAGUCAUGAUUGUUACUGAAUAUAUGGAAAAUGGUUCCCUGGACAGCUUCCUACGGAAACAUGAUGCCCAGUUCACAGUCAUCCAGCUAGUAGGCAUGCUUCGAGGGAUCGCAUCUGGCAUGAAAUAUUUGUCAGACAUGGGUUAUGUCCAUCGAGAUCUAGCUGCUCGUAAUAUCCUCAUCAAUAGUAACUUGGUGUGCAAAGUCUCAGAUUUUGGUCUCUCUCGUGUACUGGAAGAUGACCCAGAAGCUGCUUACACCACAAGGGGGGGCAAGAUUCCUAUCCGCUGGACAUCACCAGAAGCCAUUGCAUAUCGGAAGUUCACAUCAGCCAGUGACGCAUGGAGCUAUGGGAUUGUUCUCUGGGAGGUGAUGUCGUAUGGAGAAAGACCAUACUGGGAGAUGUCCAACCAGGAUGUGAUUAAGGCUGUUGAUGAAGGGUACCGCUUGCCACCUCCUAUGGACUGCCCAGCUGCCUUGUAUCAGCUGAUGCUGGACUGUUGGCAGAAAGACAGAAACAACAGACCCAAGUUUGAGCAGAUUGUCAGCAUCCUGGAUAAGCUGAUCCGUAAUCCCAGCAGUCUGAAAAUAAUCACCAAUGCGGCGGCAAGGCCAUCAAAUCUUCUCCUGGACCAAAGUAACAUUGACAUUUCAGCCUUCCGCACGGCGGGUGAUUGGCUCAAUGGUUUUCGGACAGGACAGUGCAAAGAUAUUUUCACAGGCGUGGAGUACAGUUCCUGUGAUACAAUAGCCAAGAUUUCUACAGAUGACGUGAAGAAAAUUGGCGUGACGGUUGUGGGGCCUCAAAAGAAGAUUGUUAGCAGUAUCAAAGCUCUAGAAACUCAUACAAAGAACAGCCCCGUUCCUGUGUAAGGUACCAAAAUGAUGUUGCUCAGGAGAGAAAAAAGAGAAAAGUUGCAUCACAAGGCAAAAGCAGUGGCUGAUAAACGACAGAAUUUAAAGGAUUUCUUUGAAAGAGCUUUGGAAACGUAAUGGUUGAAAUUUCAAACCCACUAAGACACUCAAAUAUUGAGUAUAAAUGCCUUAAAAAUAGGAGUGAACUUGUUUUCUAUCUGUUAAUCCUAAAGGGUGGGUGCUCUUGACUGACUGUUAAUACAGAUAGUAAAUUUCAAAAGAAAAAAUAUGUAAAAAAUCCUUCCAAGUAAAAAGCAGUGAUACUAAAACCUAGAGCCAUUUGAAUAUUAAGUGACUGAAUAACAUGAAAACCCAUGGACGUAAAAGCUGUGUAUGUGAUCUAUACAGCAAACAAGAAGAAAGAAAGACUUGCAGUAUUUUUAUACAGAAGAGAUCUGUAACAGGUAUUUUAUUUCUUUAAAAGCAAGGAAAAUAGAGGACUAUACCUCACUACCUGUCUGGCCAUAUUUACUAUAAUGUCAUUGUAACAUGCUAUUUCAACUUCAGAAAGGAACACAGAAAUAAAGUUUGUAGUGACUUUUAGUUGACAAAAGAUUUUCGCCAUUAUGUUAGCUACCCUAAUUGUGUUCAUUUAAACAGAAACAAGUCUUAAUUUUUAAAAGACUUAUUUAUUUCCUUUGGUUUUUUUCCAUUAUUGUUUAUAUUUAUGCUUAAAUACCUUAACCUGGCUGUAUUAUUGCCAAGUGCCAAAUGUUAUCAAAACUUCAUUGGUUCAACCUGAGAAAUUGUCUGAGGGUUAAUUGCUAGAUUAUUUUGUACUCAUAACAUCAUAUAUGAAAUACAGAAGGAAAGAAAGAUGGUCUUUUUUCCAGCUCUGACUCUAGAUAAAGCAUCUGGACUUGUUGAGAUUCCUUCCAUUUGCUGGGAGGGGUAUUUUAGCCCUGGCUUGCGUUCUGGCAGAGUUGUGUGCAUAUCAAUCCCUAGAUCAGUAUCCGGCCCGAUCAGGUACAUACAUCUCAUUUACUUCCCAAAGGCCUGCUUCCCUGACAAAUAAGGACCCCUGUUCUUGAAUGGUGUCCGGGUGUGAGAUUUGCCUAUCAAACAUUAAAAAUAGUCAAGCUUGCAUCCUUCGUCAAGUGAGGAUGCUUUCUGAGUUCCCUGGGGAGUGGGCCAUUUCUGGCUUCCAUCUGGCAGGCUCUGCUCCCAACCCUGGGAACUGGGAAGUGUACUACCACGAGGGCAGCCACUGGUAGUUACGCCGAGACGGUGACUUGCAGACAAGGAUAAGUGGAUAGUGUAAAAGGAUGACUUAAGUUUGUGAAAUGGGACUUUGCUAUGUAAUUUUUCCUAAGUCUGAGCCAGAAGACCUCGGCCCAGGUGCUGCCAUUUUGCAGGAGCCUUACUUUUUGGCACGGGUUCCUUAGGCACCUGUUCCUUGAAAGAAAGCAGAUAGGAGACUACCUUUAGAAGAGCAUUCACGUUUCCUGGUGGAAAAAUGAAAAAGGGGGAAGGUGGGAUUCGAGAGUCCUCCGCCAUCUGCAGCAUCUUCCCAGUAGCGAGCUCUUAAGCUGUUAUUCCAGAGCACAUCCGUCCCGGUUCUGAGCAGACAUGACUUUCUGCUCGGAAAGUGAGUGGUUUAAAUCACAGUGUGAGGCACUUCUUGUGCUUCUUAACAUUCUAGAUGUGAUGCCAGGCACGCAGACAUCAGGCUUUGGGCACUAGUGGAAACCACUCCUAUUCCCAACUUGCCACGCUGGAAUAUAAACCUGAUUCUGAUGAACAUCAGUAAAUCCCUGUAAGUCCAAGGCUGUGCGGGAGGCAGAUGUGGCAUGCCGCAUUUCGCUAUGCGUUUAAGCAGGUAACUAGUUGUGCUUUCUUUGUUGUAUUGGUUUGGGUUUUGAAGCUCCUUGUAGCAUAGGGCACAUAAGUAAGGGAAGAAUCGGUUUCUAGGAUUUACGUGGCUGAAUCAGCUUAUAAAUUGUUCUUCGUGGUUCCAAGACUUAUUAAAUGUAGAGACACAAAGUUUAUCACACGUUGCUAAAUAGAAGCAGAAUUAGAGACUUUUUAAUGAGUGCCGGCAGUGAGCAUGCUGUAAAGGACUGGAUCUGAAACACACUUACAGAUUCAUAAUUUGUUGUAUUUUCUGAAAGAAAAAUGAAUGGGACUUUAAGUAAGUUGAAAUAAAAAAGGAAAAAAGGAAGAAAAUUAAAAUAAAGCACUUCAGAUGUAAGGAACACUUCUCCUUAUCUGCCAAAACCUGUCGUGAAAUGCAGCAUGCUGAAUAGAAAAGCUGUAUUUUCCCGUGCUUCGUUCAUUCAGAAUCUUUCUUUUCUUCAGUUUGAGAUUGCUUUAAGUCAGAUGUUGUUAGUGCAUUUGAGUCACCAAAAUCCAUUUGCAGACAUUGUGUGGGUACAGCUUUUUAUAACGUAUUCCUCAUGACAUUUCUUGUCAGCUUCAUUCUGCCACUGGAGAGUGGGGGAGAGGGGCCUGGGGUGGGGGGAAGACAUCUGUGAAAUGCUUCUGAAAACACAGAACCAGUUCUUAGGGUUUUAGAUGACGACUGAAAACUUUGCACCAACCACCCUUAAUUUUCUCUUAGUGCCAUGCAAUGUUCCUUGACCACUGUUUGAGCAUGCUCAGCAUAAAAGAUUAAAUCUCACUGAUGCUUGGGGAAAAAUAAACUCGGUUUUGCUUUUCUUUGCUAUUAGGAGUAGGGAGUUUUCAAAUACGUUUAGUUUUCUCUCCUUGUGAAAAGUUGAUUUGUACUGUAAGUGGCCUCUGUUGCAAGCAUCCUACACUCCCUGUCCCCAUGUACAUAUGUAUACAUAGCAGUGUACAAUUCUUCAUUGUGGAGUAGAGAAACUAGAAUUCGUGUGGCCAUCUUCCUGUACAGGACUUGCAUCGGUUAUCGACAUCAAGCAAAAUGCUACUACUCAUAAAAUGACAUGGCAUAUUAUUGGUUUUGUAUCUUUAAAUAUAGUUUCCAUUUUAUUUAUUUCUGUUAACAUAUCUAGUUUUGUGCUGUUACUUAGCAUUCAAUAAGCAAUGUAUAGAUGUGAUUUGAUUGGCAAUAUGUAUUUACAUUAACUUGUAUUUCAAAGCAUUACUUACUCAUUUAGAUUAUAUAUUGUGCAAUUGUAGAUGGCCUCUUACUAAUGUAAAAUGAUUUGUAGUGGAAACAUUUAUAUUUUUAUAAUAAACAUAAUGAAAGUAUUUUUUACAUACUGGAAUACUGAGGUGAUUGCUUGGAGGACAAAGGAAAUUUAUUUGAUUAGAAAAGUGUGAUAAAAUUGUAAUUAAAUAUGGAUAAAUUCUGAAUGUUAAAGCAUGGGUUCAGAGUGAAAGCUAGAUAUUACCUAUAUUAUCUAUUAAAAGAAACAAGUAGUGCAGGUUUUAACUAGGUUGACCAGCCUUUGUGCUAAAUUGACUUGCAUCGGUCAAAGACUUUACUUUCUCCGUGGAUACGGGAAAACCGUCUACUGCAGCCUGCCUAUGGGAUAUUGAAAAAGCUGUCAUUUAUUUUAGUUGUAUCAAGUAUUUCCAAACUUUUGCUUUUCUUCCUCCCUUGCCAGUGGACCUCUUUUCAUCUUAUUACUAUGUUGAAUCCAGUAAAAGAUGUACUUUUCAACAAAAUAAAAAAGCCCACCGCUUACUGUAAUUUAACCCCAUGAUCAUUUCUUGCCUCUGAGUAUCUGUAUUAGAUAAUGUUUUGCUCCUGUUUUGUUAUGUCCCUACCAAGUUGUUUCUGUAUGCUUCACUGAAGUACAGCGUCUUUGAAAACCCCAACAUACAACUCAACUUUGCAUCUCAGGAAUUACCUUCCUAGAAAAAAUAGGAGUGGUUUGAAUGUUCACCAGUUACUUGAGGAGUGAAGUUACAGGAUCUUUCUGUACCAAAAAGGAUUUUGCAUGCUCUUGUAUAUUACUGUGCUUACUGGUGCAAAACAAUGAAUGAUAUACCUGUCCUGGAGUCUGUAAGUUGAUAAACUUUAUGGACAUGGAUGUGGCAAACUUUUUUUGGCAUUUUGUCUUGGUAUCUUCAAUAGAAAGGGGAUUCACCGAAAAGAGCUACCCAGAAUUAGACUUAAGUGAUAACCGCUGGACUGAAAUACACUUGUUCUUCAUAACACCGGUAUGCCUCAUGCUGUGCUGCUGUGGGUACCUACAGGGUCAUUUUAACUUCUAAUGAGUAGGUUUCAAUGCUAUACUUGAAUGACAGGGAAGCAGCUCUCUGUUGGUCUAAUCUAUGCAGUGUGCAAACUACUUACAUUCUGAAUAGGUUUCACUUCAUCAGUUGUGUUACACUGGCUUGCGUCUGUCCCUUUAGCCUUACUGGUACGUUGUAUUUGCUUUAUCUCGCAACAGGCACCGUGGAUAUUAAUGCUUUUAUAACUGUUGCAUUUAUUGUAAAAUGGUAUUAAUACUCACAGCCAGUUCUGGAGUGGCAGUAGGAUGCAUUCACGUGAAGAGCAACAGAACAAGCAAAUGCCUUGCAGCCCACCACUAUUCACCUCAGAUCUGGAGGGAUGAAUUGCUAAUAAUCAGUUCCACAAAAUUUGGAUAUGCCUCUUUUUUUUUUUUUUUAAGUAAUAUCCAAGUGACAUUUUUCCUCUUUACAUUCCUUCUUAAGGAUGAUGCCCAGGCCUAGAUAUCUACACUGGUAAAAGACUAAGCAGUGCCAAAUGGAAACAGACAAUUACUUCUGCUGUCUCACAUAUGCCACUCCUGUUCAUUCAGACAAAUACCCAUACUAUUGACUUCCCUUCAUUUUCUGAGCCAUGAUAAUUCCUCACAUCCUUUCCAAACUAUCACUGCCUGGUCAGUAAUUUAUAUGUGUGCACUUAGAUCCUUUUUCAGUCCUCAGUCCAAAUGUUUGUGUAUUUCUUAAGGAAUUUUACUUUCCUGUUUUAAAAAUAUUUCUCCUAGAAAUAUUUCUCUCAGACCUCAUUCAUUCACACGUAUAAACAUGCACGUGCUCAUCAUCUAGGUUACGAAACACGUCCAGCACGAAACACGAAGGACAGCCUUCUCUUGGCUUCUUUGUUAUGCUUUCCAGAUGGCCAGAGAACCUCUGAUAAAUGAAGAGUACUCGGUACGUAAGAUUUUUCAGGUCACUCUGCUUUCGCAUUACAAUGAUUUCAUAAUAGGCCGUUUUUCCCCAGUUAGCUCAUAAGAAUGUCAUGUGGGACAGCACCAGAAGUCUUACUAAAGACAAGAUAAAUCACAUCUACUACUUUUUAGAUUAUCCUGUCACAGAAAUAAAUUAGACGAGUUUGACAUGAUUUGUUUAUUCUUGACAAAUCUUAGUUGGUUUCUUAAGACCCUGUAAUCCUCCAGCUGCUUAGAAAUGUAUUGUGUGAUAUAUGUAUGUAUCUUUCUGGGUAUUUGAGGUUAGCAUACCUAGUCCAUAAUUGCCUGGCUCUGCUUCUCUCUUUUUUUUAAAGGUCAGGAUGAUCUUUGCUCUUCUCCAGUUGCCUGGACUCCAUGACUUCUCCAAGAAAACAGCCAGUGGCUACCCUUGGACUAGUCUCUUAGUUGCUAUAGUAAAUCUCACAGACUCUGCAAUCCUGAAUGCAAUGAUCACUUGUUCUGACUCCUAGGAUUCCUAUUGUAAAAUAAAAGUAAAGUACAUGAAGGCAAAUGUUUUUCCUGCAUGCCCAGGUUUUCAGCUUAUGUCUUGAAU